AUGGCCUCCACCCGUGUUCUCGCCUCAAGACUGGCCUCUCAGAUGGCCUCAGCGACGACCAAGGUCGCUCGUCCUGCCCUCCGCGUGCAGCUGUCCAACGGCAGCAAGCGCGCCAUGUCGGGCGCCACAAAGGCCUCCCCUCUCCAGACGCUUAAGCGCCAGCAGAUGACCUCGAUCGUCAACGCUACGACCCGCAAUGCCUUUAACCUCCAGACUCGCCGCGCUUACUCUUCCGAGAUUGCCCAGGCCAUGGUCGAGGUCUCCAAGAACUUGGGUAUGGGCUCCGCCGCUAUCGGUCUAACCGGUGCUGGUAUCGGUAUCGGCCUUGUCUUCGCUGCCCUCCUCAACAGCGUUGCCCGCAACCCUGCUCUCCGCGGCCAGCUUUUCUCGUACGCCAUUCUAGGUUUCGCCUUCGUUGAGGCCAUUGGUCUUUUCGAUCUCAUGGUUGCCCUCAUGGCCAAGUUCGUAAGUUAA